GCCGCCGCCUGCUCCUCCUCUCAUUUCCUCCUCCUCUUCCAAGAAUGCCCCCAGGGAUGGCGGAAAUGUCGAACAUGACCUCUUCGCUAACCUCGUCGACAUGGUCCCCCUCGUUGAAUCUCUCAUGGAUCGGAGGGCAAAUCCGUCAUUCAAGCGGAGGGCUUCCAUCGUGCAGACGGCCACCCCCAAGGUUCUUGAAGCUAAAGGCAAAAAGCCAGGACAAGCCACUCCAGCAAUAAAACAAAGGGAUCACAGGGAGGCUAUAUCAAACGGACAUGCUCAGGACAAAGACAGUGAUGCUGGUUGCACCUCGCCCUCCUCAUCAAGGGCAUCAAGGGAAGGAGGACAAGAGGAUGGGCAAAAGGAGAACGGGGAGUUGACCAUGUUGCGGGAGCAGUUGGAUGCUCUGCAUAACAUUUUAGCUGAGAAGGAUGAAGCUCUGAAAUCUGCAGAAGAAUCAGUGGAUAAAAUGCGCACAACUUACGCGACAUCUGAUGAGCUGAAGCGCAGGAAUCUGGAGAAGGAUUCCCUGCUCUCCUCUACGAAUUCUCAGUUGUCCAACGCAAAGAUUCAGCUUGCGGAAAGACAAGAAGCUCUUGAGAAACUAGAGAAUGAAGCAAGGAUAUCCAACAGAAAGGUCCAGGAACUUCAGGCAGAUAUGGAUUCCAUGGGCUUCGAAAAAUUUGCAUUGACCUUGUUGUUUCAAGAGCUCUCAAAGAAUGAUCCGGCUACAGAUUUUGACGAAAAUAUUUCUUCGUUCAAACAAUUUGGUCAUCUUCCCCCAAUAGACAACAUGAGUGAGACUGAGUUGAAGCAGAUGGAGGAGGCUAGAGUUGCCUACAUUGCUGCUGUUGCUGUUGCACAGGAGAACCCAACCGUUGAGUCCUUGGCCGCAGCCGCUGAGGCAAGGCUAAAACUGGAAGCUUUUGUAUUCUGAAGUCUCAGAAAAAGAGAUGAAGCUUUUGUAUUCUUAAGUCUCAGAAAAAGGAGAAAACAAAGAAGCUCUUGUCAUGCGGCAUUUUGUUUGCAUGGAUUUGGCAAAAUUCUCACUUGUACUUUAUAUCACCAGUUCUGGGGCUUGUCAACUAACAAUUCUUCUCAAUGCCAGUUGUACUAUUUUGUUUAACAUUGAA